AUGGCGCAUAAAACCGCAUCUACCGAUGCCCUGAAUGUUAUUACCGGUAUACCCCCCAUCGAUCUGUUAGUGGAGGAAAGAUGGCGGCUGGAUGACCGGGAGACGGUCACGGAAGAAGUAAAGGCCGAAGAAAGAAACAGGGCGAUAGGGAAGUGGCGACAGAGAUGGACAGCCAACACGGGUACCGCACAGUGGACAAAAAGACUGAUCCCAAACCUAAAGCCAUGGCUAGACUGCAAAUUUAAGAAUCUCGAAUAUUUAGUCACGCAGGCGCUGACAGGACACGGCUCCUUCGGAAGCUUUACCUAUAGAAUAGGGAAAACAGCGGAUGAUCGAUGUAGAUACUGCCAAGCGGACGACGACCCGCAACAUACCAUUUUUCAUGCCAGAGGUGGCAUUUCGUUGGAGACAGAGUGA